CACCUCCGCAUACUCUGACUAGAUAAUAGAAGCUUCAAUUCUCGCUCGCAAACCGCAGUUAUGUUCCUCUUGUUGAUCGUCGUCAUCGUCUUGUCUGCUGUUGCCUCUGAUGAUAGGCAGUAUACUGCUCUUCACUUUGGUGCCUCCACUAAUGACUACAUUGCAUUUAAGUAUAAUAUGGCCCCGUUCCAAGACUCCUUCUCCAUCUGCACUUGGAUAAAACGUGUAGACACAUCUGCCGACUACCCGUUCGUGUUUGACUACGAACCGGGUAAUGAGAUCCAUAUAAGUUCUAACGGGGUUUACAACCACUUUUUAGGAGAUGGAGAUUUGAACGGUAAGCAGAGUGUGUUCACAACACCUGUCGGGAGCUGGUUUAACUACUGUAUUACUUGGUCACUCGCCUCGAGGAGCACCAACCUGUAUCUGGAUGGUAACUUGAUAGGCACAGGUACGACCGACUCUGGAAGAACAUUGAAAAUGGGAGGAACUCUGUACUUCAAUCAACUCCAUACCAGUUCACUUUCUGGGUUUAUAUUCGGAGGCCAGUUCUAUCAGUUCAACAUUUUCUCUAAAGCACUCAGCUCGGCGGAUGUAAAGAAAAUAGCAGAUGGUGGAAUGUGUUUGGACCUUACAGAAUUCUCUGGAACUGGUGAUCUGCGAUGGGAAUACAUACUGUCCCAGUCCAGGAGCGGUUCUGUGAGAGAGGUAGAGAUAGAUAUUUAUAAUGAUAUGGAGUGUUUAAAAACUCUAUUGAGGAGGUCACAAGAGAGGCUGACGAAUGUUACCGGACGGCUGAACGAAACAGAGAGUCAACUUAGUUGGACGGUGGUGAAACUGAAUACCACCCUAAAAGAGCUAGGAGAUGUGAGAGGUGAACUGAAUUCCACCCAAGAAGAACUGAAUUCCACCCAAGAAGAACUGAAUUCUACCCAUGAAGAGCUAGGGACAGUAAAAGGUAAACUCGAAAGAACGGAGAGCGAGCUGCAGAUAGAGUCAGCUCAGCACAACAAGACAGGGGAGCAGCUGGAUACCUGCUCAACUUCCCUAACAAACACACUGACCCAGCUGGAGACCGCCAGAACAUUCCACAACAUCACCAGGUGGGAUGUCCUAUACACCACCCCCUACUUUAACAAGGUGCUCACGGAGGAACUGUUCCAGCAACUGUCUUCCAGUUGGGGAAUGUUGGGGAAGUUCGUCGGUGUGAAUAUAACUGAAGGUGUUGUCAACCACUUCAGCCAGUACCACAGAGAACCUGUGUGCGACGUCUUCGAACAAAUGUCAAUUCCGAUGCUUAGACAGUUUGUAGGAGUUGAAUGGACUACGGGGAUAGCGGAUCACCUCAGAGACACUCACGUUGUGAGUCGUGAAGACUCACCAUGUGACAGCGAUACGGAGAGCUAAUUGAUCUGUAAGCGUAAUACGGACACAGCAACAGUAGUUCUCGUCAAGGAGAAAUGAACAUUUUGUUUUUAUGAACGUUUUUAAAACGUGAUUCAUAUCUUUGAAAAAAGCACACUCCCCUGAAUUGCGCGCAUUGCAAUAACUUAUUUUAAAA